AUGAUGCUGACGACCAUGACGCCAGCUCCGAGGUACCGCGGCCUGCGCAACGACAGCGCGACCUGCUACCUCAACAGCCUCCUCCAGACGCUCUAUAUGACACCCGAGCUGCGCACGCAACUGUACCAGAUGACAUCGUCCGCAAAUAAAGGCAGCCUUCUGCGAGAGCUCCAGCUCCUCUUUGCGAGGCUCCAACUGCGAACCGACCGCAAGGCCAUCAACACGACCUCGCCCAUGCAGAGCUUUGGCUGGACGCCAUCGGAUCUUCUGCAGCAGCACGACGUGCACGAGCUCUACCAUGUCCUCUUCAAGGCUCUCGAUGCCUCACUUCAAGGCUCGCCCAAUGCAAACCUCGUCAAAGACCUCUACCAAUGCACGCUCACAGACUCUGUCCAAUGCAUCACAUGCAGUCACGAGGCCAGUCACGAUGACGCCUUUCUCGACCUCUCGCUCGCCAUUCCAUCAACACCAACAAGUCUUGAUGACGCCAUCGCAACCUUCCUCGCACCCGAGCGCCUCGUCAGUGACAACCAAUGGCUCUGCGACGUCUGCGGCACCAAGCAAGACGCCAUCAAGCGCCUGUCGCUGGUGCAACUACCGCCGCUGCUCACACUCCACCUCAAACGCUUUGCAUGGGACCAUGGCACGUCGAAGCUUACGAGCAGAGUCUCGUUUCCCAAGUACCUCGACAUGAACGCGCAUCAUGCCUCGACGUCCAGCCGUCCCAAGGUGCCGCCGUCUUCCACGACCACGCAAGAAGCAGCAACAGAAGCUUCGUGGCACCCGUCCUUUGACCUCGCUGCUAUGCUGGCAACCCAAGGUCCGUUUGUCUACGAGCUCGCGUCAGUGCUCGUACACGCUGGCGCUGCGAACGGUGGUCACUAUGUCGCGUACAUCCAGGCGUCACUGGACGACGAUCGUCACUGGCUCUGCUUCAACGACGCCUCGGUCUCGACCAUCUCCGACGCCAAAUUGCGCACGGCGUAUGGCGUCGUGUCGGCCAACUGUGGCUACUACGAGUCAACGCGCGCGCCGUGUGCCUACGUGCUGCAGUACCGCCACGUCGACGUCUCGCGCAUCAUGAAGUGUUCUUUGGACGACAACAUGGUGCCCUCUUGGCUCGUCGAUCUUGUACAAGCCGAGAUGCAACGCGAGCAAGCAAACAAGCAAGCGCGGGUCGAGCGCUUGCGCAUCCAACCGCCAAAGAAAAAAGUUGUCCACGCCAUCGACAUGAUUGAACUUAUCCUCUUCCACGGCAUCAGCCGCAAGAAGCUCCUUGUCUCCAAGCACGCUACGCUCGCCGAGGUGACGGCGCAGGCCGUCUCACUCUACGCGCUGGACAUCCCAUUGGACCGCAUCCGGCUGCGCGCCCACUGCUUGUAUCAUCUGGUGCCGCGCGAGACGUACGACGGCCGCGAGCACUGCACACUGGCCGAUCUGUCGAUCACGCCGUACUGGCGCUUCUACAUGGAGACUCGGGCCAGCUCCGGUGAGCCGUGGGCGGGCUACGACCCGACAGCGCUGACGCUGAAGCUGCGCCAGUACGUGCCAUCGACGCCGACGACACCCGAGCACUUUACGGAGCCGCCAGUGUACGUUCAGAUCGCGGGCGAUGCGUGCUUCGAGGCCUUCUUGUCGCUGGUUUGCGCCACGUAUCGCACGAACCGUGACUGCACGCGCGUCAUCAAGAUGUAUGCGGUGGGCUACGAGUCGAUAACGGCAAGCGUUCUCAACCCGACCAACGACAGGACGCAGCAGACUCUGCGCCCCGAUCUCGGCGUGUACGACGGUGCCAACAUUUACGUGGAAGAGGUGGCCGAUCUCGCGUCGUCGCCUUCUUGCGCGCAAGAGCUGUUUGCGCGCGAGACACAUACCAUCACCCUCGACAUCACCACGGACGAGGAGCCGCUGCUCAAGCGCGUCAAGGGGAACGAGAUGGUCUGGCCAUUCCGAGUCGACCGCCGGCAACCGCUUCGGGUGCUCAAAGAUCAACUCGGCGCGUUUUUCGAGUUGCGACCUGAGUCCUUCAAGCUGCGUCGCGGCGCCAAGAAUGGGCACGAACUCAAGGCCCUCGACACAUCGAUGGCCAACCUGUCCCUUGACAAUAGGGGCACGUUGUAUGUCGAGCUCGGGGCAGCGCUACGCGCCGGCGAAUACCGCGUCAAAAUCUUUCUCUACACACCACUCAGCGUCGCGAAAUGGGCGUCGGCUGUGCUCUUGCCGUCGUGGCUGCACGACAACGAGCUCUCGUUCUGCACCGAUCUCGUCGUUCGAAGCGAGACGCGCGUGGGUGAGAUGAAGACUGCGAUCCGCGCCAUUCUCAAAGCGACGCACCCACGCGCGAUGUACCUCCGGCUCCGAGACGUGCUCGUGCACCGCCGCCUUUUGGCUGUCUAUGCCGACGACGAUGCAACACUCGACGAGGCGUACGACUACCAGACGUUUGCCGUCCAGAUUCUGGACGCGCCCGAGGCGCUGCUGGCCUCGCACAAGCUCUUCUCGCUCGUGCUCUUUGACCGAGGGGCCAAUGCGUUUGGGCCGAGCGUCGAGCUAAGUGUCCCAACCGGGGACGUGAUGGCAGGCGGCCUGCACUGGAUGGAUUACCUCGUGCGUGAGAUUCAAACCACCUUUAUGAUACCACCCGACGCCAUUCGCUUUGCCAAGCCACGACAUGCAGACGGCGUCAACUUGAUCGACCUUCAAAUGGACAAUUCGCCCAAGGUCACGUGGAUCGACUGCCACCAAGGCCGCUGCUUGGACAGCACGGCCAAGUUGUCACCGUAUAGCGAUCGCGUCGUCGUUGCAGAUGCCCGUGUGCCCGCAAAGGUGCUCUCGAGAGACGAGUACAUUGCGCUGCAAGCCCGCAUCGACAUGGCGAGCGACGUGUACACGCAACUCGUCGGCGUUGGGUGGUCGUCGACCAACACCACCGUCGAGAUCGCAUCGAGCACGGCGCACAAGGCUAAGGCGACUGCGCUUGUUCUUGGCGCGCAUUAG